AUGAAGAUACAAACUAUAUUAAUUGUGUAUUCUUAUAUAUAUAUAUUUUCAACUUCAAUAUAUGCAAAUAAGCCUUGUAGAAUAGAUUCAGAUCCCAUUUUUGCUUCAAAUGGAAUAAUAUACCCCAAUGAAUGUCAAUUUAGUAAAGCUAAAUUGAAUAAUAAAGAUUUAAAUAAUUCAAAUAUAUAUAAUAAAAAGACGAUUGAAAUGAUCAAUGAUAACCAGAAGAUGACUGUUUUAGAAGGAAAUAACUCAUCAACCUCUUCACAUCUUAGAGGUUAUAAUAAUUCAUCUGAUCUAUCAAAUGUAACAUUUAUAGCAACUUCACUUGAAGAACUCUGGAGAAUAUAUGAUUCUAAUGUCAAUAAAACUUCUAUCAAUAAUGAAAUUAAAUAUAGUUGUAAUGUCAGUAAUAUAGGUUCAGUAGAAGAAAGUAUAAAAUAUAAUAUAUCCAGUAAUGUACAAAGUAGACCAAAUAUUUAUGAUUCAGUUGAAGAUUUAUCAAUUAUAUUACCAAAUGAUAAUGCCAGUCAAUAUAAUGACAGUAAUCCUAGUGGAUUUAAUAAUAGAAAUGAGACAUAUUUAAUUGAUAUAGUUAAACCAGAUAAUUCAACUUUUUUGGAAGACCCAAUAUAUUAUUCUACCAAUUUAUCCAAUAAAAAUAUUACAAUAGAACCAAAGGAAAUUAUUCCAGACUUUUUGGAGGAAGCUAAUUCGCAGAGUAUUAUAGUGGUAUCAAAUUAUUCAUUUUCGGCUAAUUCAUCUAAUAAAAAUGAUAAUAUAUUCAAUAUUAAUAAUGCUACAAUAUAUAAAUAUUUGGAUGAAAAGUUAGUUGAUAUAGUUGAUUUAAAUGCAUAUCCAAUUGAACGUGAAUUUCCAAGAAAGUUCAAUAGAACUAGAGGAAGAGGAUGUACAAUAAGAUGUACUUCUGAAUUUGAUCCACACUGUGGAAGUGAUGGUAAGCAGUAUAUGAAUCUUUGCGAGUUUAGAAAUGCUCAAUGUAAUAAUCCAAAGCUCAUUUUCAUAAAUUAUGGAGAAUGUGUUAUCCCACCAUUAAGGCAUUCAUGA